UAGGCGGGAUCCCCCGCCCCUCCUCCGCCGUCGGGCGCCGCCCCGCCUCCUCCCAGACCCAGGCCCUCCCAAGCGCAAACGGCGAGUUGCCGGCGAGCAGCGGGCGUCCGAGCUGCCAGCGAGCCGGAGGAGGAGCUGCGGCGGCGCCAAGGGCAGCCGGGGAGCAGAGAAGGGCGCCCCAGGUGGUUGCCCCCUCCCUCUCCUGAGAUGUCAGGGAGGAGACUACCUGUAUCCUACACAGGGGCCCCACAGAGCCUGGGGGCCCCCAGUCCCAGAGUGAAGAGGUGGAGGUGCUGCUGACAGGUGUGCAAGCCAUGCUCCCUAGGCACUCCUCCCUCAUCCUUUUCCUCUUCCUACUCCCCAGCAUCCCCAUGGAGCCCCAAUCCCCACCCUCCACCUUUCCCCCAUUUCUGGCCGCUGAGUGGGACCUCCUGUCUCCCCGUGUGGCCCUGUCAAGGGGCGCCCCUUCUGGGCCCCCUCUCCUUUUCCUGCUGGAGGCUGGAGCCUAUGGGGAGCCGGCAGGGGCCCCAGCCAACCGCAGCCGGCGUGGAGUGAGUGAGACUGCGCCCGCGAGCCGCCGGGGUGAGCUAGCCGUGUGCGAUGCAGUGAGUGGCUGGGUGACGGACCGGCGGACGGCUGUGGACUUGCGUGGGCGCGAGGUGGAGGUGCUGGGCGAGGUGCCUGCAGCAGGUGGCAGUCCCCUGCGUCAGUACUUCUUCGAGACGCGCUGCAAGGCUGAAAGCGCUGAGGAAGGUGGCCCGGGUGUGGGCGGAGGAGGUUGUCGCGGUGUGGAUCGGAGGCACUGGCUCUCAGAAUGCAAGGCCAAGCAGUCCUAUGUGCGGGCGUUGACUGCAGACUCACAGGGCCGCGUGGGCUGGCGCUGGAUUCGGAUCGACACAGCUUGCGUCUGUACGCUUCUCAGCCGAACAGGCCGGGCCUGAGGGCCCCAGCUUGAGGAAAAAGGAGCUGGAUGCUAAAAGGACCUUAGAGGCAACCCGACUGCUCUACUGUGCCUUCUGAUUGAGAACUGAAAAAAAACCAAAUGCCAUUUGCUAGCUCAAUCUACGUGGAAUGUUUGAUGAAACCAAACAGUUUUAAGAGAUGGGUAGAAGUUCUCCCGGAGGAACUUGACAAUAAUAAUAAUAGCCAAUGUUUGCGAUCUACUGUUUAUUAGACCUAAGACAUCACUCUGCUGACCAUUCCAAUACCAGAGGACCCUGGCCCACCCUGGCAAGAGGGAAAGGGCCAUGAGAAAAAGUGAUGUAGACAGGGCUGUGCCUCAGUUGGUAGGCUGUUUGCCUAACCGGCAUCAGGUCCUCCGCUCUAUCCUGAGUACCACAUCAUAGACAGUGGAGGGCAUCUUUGAUGCCAGCACUUGGAACUUUAAGGCCAGCCUUGUCUGCUGAGGAGUGGGGCUUCAUCGUGAUACAUGCCUGUAAUCCUAAUAUCUGAGAGGCUGCAGAGGACUGCCUCCGGUUCCAGGGCAGCCUGGGCUACACAGACUGGCAGAGGUGGGGAGGGGGCAUGGGCCAGGUGGGCCCCAGAACCUGAGGAUGCGGUCAGUGAAAGGCCUUGAAGCACCGGGAGCCUGACCUGGCCAAGGCUGACCCUACUCUUUUUUGUUUAGAUUUUGGAGUCAGGGUCUCAGGCAGCUCAGGAUGGCCUCGAACUUAGGAAGUGUUGAGCUUUGUAUCUCCCACUCCCAGUUUAUGCUGUGCUGGGGUUGGAACCCAAGACUUCAUGCAAACCAUCACUGGACCACACCCCCGACACACAGCAUUUUUUUUUUCUUUUAAUGUUCUGGGACAGGUUCUCAUGAAGCUCAAACAGGCCUAGAACUAGAAUAUGUUGCUGAAAAUGACCGUAAUUUUUCUUUUAAAGCUUUU